AUGCCACCCGUAACUGUCGAUGAGCAGAAAUUCACUGGCCAUCUCGGUCACUUGAGCCCUCAACAAGCUGAAGCCCUGGAAAGGUUCCGCCAAGAAAUCAAGGACGAGGGUAUUUUCGACGAAAGGCGUCACGACGAUGCCUGUCUGCUACGUUUUCUGCGUGCUAGAAAGUUUGACAUCAAUAAAUCGAAAAAAAUGUUUUUUGAUUGUGAGAAUUGGAGAAAGGAGUUUGGUGUCGACGAACUGGUUAAAACUUUUGAAUACAAGGAACGAGAUGAAGUUAUGAAACACUACCCUAGAUAUUAUCACAAGACGGACAAAGAAGGACGUCCUAUAUACAUCGAAGAAAUUGGCAGAGUUGAUGUCAAAGCUUUGUACCAAAUCACCACUCUUGAACGUCAGAUCCAAAACUUAGUUGUCGAGUACGAAAGGCUUGCAGAUAUUCGACUUCCAGCUUGCUCGGAAAAAUAUGGUAGACUCACUGAAACCUCAUGUACCAUCCUGGAUCUUAAAGGCGUGUCUCUACGUUCUUUCACGAAUGUAUUCGGUUUCGUCAAACAAGCAUCCGCCAUUGGACAGAACUAUUAUCCCGAACGCAUGGGAAAAUUUUAUAUUAUUAAUGCGCCUAUGCUUUUUUCUUCCGUGUGGGGUUUGGUAAAACCCUUGUUGGAUGAAGUAACAGCCUCCAAGAUCACGAUUCUAGGCUCCAAGUAUCAGGCAACAUUGUUGGAAAAUAUUCCUGUUGAAAACCUACCCGCUUCCUUUGGCGGUACUUGCAAUUGCGAAGGAGGUUGCCAACUGAGCGACGACGGUCCAUGGCGAGAGGAACAUUUGCUCAACGGUAAUGCCAAAGCUAUCGAGUAA